CAAAAGUCACUUUUCCUCUAUAAAGCAUGUGGGCGUUCAAGGUCAUCAGUGUAAAAUGAAUGUGAUUUUCGAUUAAAGAGAGAGCAGAGAGGCUGUUGGGAGUUUGGUGACGUGAACAGAAACGGUUGCCUUCCAGAUUUUCACAGCAGCAAUCAGCAGUACGCAGAUCACACUUACCCUGCCUUACGAUGCCUCUAUUGAGAGAUCUUCUGAAGAAAGAUGACAUCAAUGCUGUUUAUGAGCUGAAAGAGAAACUGGGAGAGGGUUCAUUCUCUGAGGUUCGAGUGGCUCAGCACAGAUGCACUCAGAAGCUUGUGGCUGUCAAGUGCAUCCGCAAGAGAGCGCUAAAGGGAAAAGAAUCCAUGCUGGAGAAUGAGAUUGCAGUAUUACGCAGAAUAAAUCAUGAAAAUAUUGUGUCUUUGGAGGAAACCUUUGAGACUCCUACCAAAAUGUAUUUGGUAAUGACACUGCUGACAGGAGGGGAACUGCUGGACAGGAUUCUGGAGAGAGGCAGUUACACAGAGAAAGAUGCCAGUCGUGUGAAAUACCAGGUGCUGCAGGCGGUGAAGUAUCUGCAUCAGCUGGGCGUUGUGCAUCGAGAUCUAAAGCCAGAGAAUUUACUGUAUGAGACUCCAUUAGAAGACUCCAAAAUUGUCAUCAGUGACUUCGGUCUGUCUAAAAUGGAAGAGCAGGGAGCUCUUUCCACGGCCUGUGGGACACCUGCCUAUGUCGCUCCUGAACUUCUACAGCAGAACACAUACGGUAAAGAGGUGGAUCUCUGGGCCAUUGGGGUGAUUACAUUUAUUCUACUCUGUGGCUAUCCUCCAUUCUACGAUGACAACGACACACAACUCUACAAGCUGAUCAUAAAGGCUGAAUAUGAAUUUGAUUCGCCAUACUGGGACGACAUCUCUGACUCCGCGAAAGACUUCAUAGUUCACUUACUGCAGAAGGAUCCAGCGAAGAGGUUCAAUUGUGACCAGGCCUUGCAGCAUCCUUGGAUAUCAGGAGGUGCGGCUCUAGACAAGAACAUCCACGGCUCAGUGUCAGCACAGAUUCAGAAGAACUUUGCCAAGAGUCACUGGAAGAGAGCCUUUAAUGCCACCAUCAUCGUGCGUCAUUUAACUAAGAAAACCCACACUGGGGAAGACGACGAAGGGAGUCACUCCACAAGUGUAGGGACCAUCUGACAAUCUACUGGCAGUAAACCGAGUCUCUGUUAAAGGAAUAGUUCACCAAACAUGAAAACUGUGUCAUUUACUCGCCCUCAUGUUGCUCCAAACCCUUAUGACGUUCUUUCUUGACACUCGCUGUGUUAGAAGCAGUGAACAAUUUUGUGAAGAUCCAAAAAGGAAACAAAACAUCAUAAAAGCAAUUUGAACAGCAUUUGCAUAUUCAAAUGUGGCAUGUGCCAAUUGGUUAUGAAACAUGUAAGAACCAAUAGCGUUCAGCAUCACUGACAGUAAACUUGGCGAGAUGCAUCUUCGUGCACAUAUUGAACUAUAUGCAAAUGAGAAUUAAUGUUUGAGAACUGCAGUGGAGUUAAAGUUGGCAAGAAAUGGAUAUUAAUCUACUUUCUAAAUGCAUCUUACAGAACAUAUGGUGAAUGAUUCAUCCAUGCAUGUUUUAUUUUUUACUUUUUUGACCUCAGAUUUUUAAAUCAAAAUACAACAUUUUUUCCAACCAUUUAAUAUGUUUAAACCAAUUUUUUGCUACACUGUUUAAAGCCUUUUUUGGGAGACUGACAGCAGGGUUAUUAUUGUUAACUAAAAGGUAAAAAUAAACCAUAAGAAAACACUUCUAUAUGUGACCCUGGACCACAAAACCAGUCUUAAGUUGGGGUAUAUUUGUAGCAAUAGCCAAAAAUACAUUGUAUGGGUCAAAAUUAUCGAUUUUUCUUUUAUGCCAAAAAUCAUUAGGAUAUUAAGUAAAGAUCAUGUUCCAUGAAGAAAUUUUGUAAAUUUCUUACCGCAAAUGUAUCAAAACUUAAUUUUUGAUUAGUAAUAUGCAUUGCUAAGAACUUCAUUUGGACAACUUUAAAGGUGAUUUUCUCAAUAUUUUGAUUUUUUUGCACCCUCACAUUCUAGAUUUUCAAAUAGUUGUAUCUCGGCCAAAUAUUGUCCGAUCCUAACGAACCAUACAUCAAUGCAAAGCUUAUUUAUUCAGUUUUCAGAUGAUGUAUAAAUCUCAAUUUCGAGACACUUAAGACUGGUUUUGUCGUCCAGGGUCACAUAUAUUUAUAUUAUAUAUUAUUAAUAAAAAGACAAAAAAAAAAAAAAAUAUAUAUAUAUAUAAUAACAACAAAAUUACUAAAUCUUUUAAAAAUACGCACACACACACACACAGUAUAUAUAAGAGUAUAUCAAUAAUACUAAAAUAACACUGAUUGACAGUUCCUGUCAUUGUAUGCUUGAGAAAAGAGCAUUUCAUUAAACUUUUCUCAAAAAGAAAAAUCAUUCAGGUUUGGAACAACAUAAACAUGACAUGAUUUUCUUUUUUCGGGUCUGAGUGUAGUGGUCACUGUGUUGGGCAGGUUGAUGCAGACUCUGAAACUCACCUGUGCUUUAAGUGCGCCGCUGUCAGUGAGCCUUCUACCAGAGCUACUGCUGCUACACUUCAGUGGGCUGCCACUGUAAAAAUACCCUCAGUGGAGAGCAGCUCCUUCACAACUUGUGUUUUCAUAAGUGUUCUACUCCCCGUCUACUUGUAUUUGACGCAUAACAGCAUGCUGCUAUUUGACAGAACGCGAUAUUUAGUCAUGUAGUACUGUCUGUCAGCUGUAAGUACUGUCAUUUGAAGCAUAUCAGUGGAAUUUCAAGAACAAAUAUGGCAUAGAAUAGGAUAUUGCAAUAGAUAAAUGAAGUAAAUAGUAAUUGUUGCCUUGUAUCUGUGCUCUCAUUACACUGUGGAAUAAAUAAACCGA